CACCAAAGUUUCUUCACUCCAAGACUUGACUAUGUUAUUAUAAAAGAAGAAGAAUUACAUGUGCAUAGUCUCCAUUCAUCAGCUUUUGCCCACUAGGAAAACAAGAGCUAGAAACUGCAAUGCGGAGUGGUGAUCAAGAUCUUGCAGCUGAACCCAAACAUAAUGAUCUUCAACAACCACUCAUAACCCACAGUUCUAAACCUGUAACCACUUAUGCAGAAUGCAGCAUCUUUAGCCAUUUGACUUUCUCUUGGUUGAGCCCAUUGAUUGCCAUUGGUUACAAGAAACCAUUAGACCUCGACGACAUCCCCGACCUAUCCGGGCUAGACAGCGCAAAAGGUUCCUUUCCCAUCUUAAAAAGCAAACUAGACCGCGAUCGGUUCAUCAGCAACAAACUCACAACCUUCAACCUGGUGACAGCUUUGAUCCAUACAACAUGGAUGGACAUAUUAUCCACAGCCAUCCUCGCGGUUCUUUACACAUUAGCAUCUUACGUCGGUCCUUACCUCAUAGAUGCAUUUGUUCAGUUCCUCAAUGGACGUCGCGAGUCUAGACUCGAAGGUUAUCUUUUCGUUUUCAUCUUCUUUGUUGCGAAAGUUGUCGAAUCUCUCUCACAAAGACACUGGUUCUUUAAGCUUCAACAAGGAGGAAUUCGGGCUCGGGCAGCCCUUGUUGCAAUGAUAUACCAAAAGGGUUUGACCAUUUCAAGCCAGUCAAAGGUCGGGCAAUCGGGUGGGGAGAUCACUAACCUCAUAGCCAUUGAUGCAGAAAGAAUCGGUGAUUUCGGUUGGUACAUACAUGAUCCAUGGCUAGUAAUCCUGCAAGUUGGUAUCGCGUUAGUCAUUCUAUAUCUGAACCUCGGGUUUGCUUCACUUUCUGCGCUAGUUGCAAUCGGUUUCGUGAUGUUGAGUAACAUUCCUCUAGGAAGUUUACAAGAGAAGUUUCAAGAGGAACUAAUGAAAUCUAAAGACAACAGGAUGGUAAAAACAUCUGAAAUUUUAAGGAACAUGAAGAUCCUUAAACUUCAAGGAUGGGAGAUGAAGUUUUUGUCGAAAAUUCGUGAACUUAGAAGCGUCGAAACAAAAUGGUUGAAAAGCUUAUUGUGCACCUCAACCACAAUCAUAUCGAUCUUUUGGGUCGCCCCGAGUUUCAUAGCUGCAGUCACUUUCGCAACAUGUAUGCUCCUCGGUGUCCCACUCGAAUCAGGAAAGAUACUGUCGGCAAUCGCAACAUUUAAGAUACUCCAACAACCUAUUUACAAUCUUCCCGACACCAUAUCAAUGAUCGCACAAACUAAAGUUUCGUUAGAUCGUAUCACAGCAUACCUUAAUCUCCCCGACUUAGAUUCUGGUCUGGUUCAGACAUCUCCACGAGAUAGCUCGGACGUUGCAGUUGAAAUCAUUAACGGAACCUUUUCAUGGGAUGUUUUAUCCUGCAAUGUAUCGUUAAACGACAUAAAUGUCAAAGUUUUACAUGGUAUGAAGGUGGCUGUUUGUGGUACGGUUGGAUCAGGGAAAUCGAGUUUACUGUCGUGUAUUCUAGGUGAAGUGAGUAAAGUAACGGGAAGUGUGAACGUUACUGGUACAAAAGCUUAUGUUGCGCAAUCUCCAUGGAUACAAAGCGGAAAGAUAGAAGAGAAUAUACUGUUUGGUAAAGACAUGGAUAGAGUAAGGUACGAGAAGGUUCUCGAAGCAUGCGCGUUGAAGAAAGAUCUUGAAAUCCUGCCUUUUGGUGAUCAAACAGUUAUAGGUGAAAGAGGGAUUAAUUUGAGUGGUGGUCAGAAGCAGAGAUUGCAGAUCGCGCGCGCUUUAUAUCAAGAUGCUGAUAUUUAUCUGUUUGAUGACCCGUUUAGCGCGGUUGAUGCUCAUACAGGAAGCCAUCUAUUUAAAGAAUGUGUACUCGGAUUUCUGAAGUCGAAAACGGUUAUUUAUGUCACUCAUCAAGUAGAAUUCUUGCCAGCUGCUGAUCUUGUCCUGGUUAUGAAAGGUGGAGAGAUCAAACAAGCUGGAAAGUAUAAUGACAUUCUUGAUUCAGGAAGUGACUUUAUGGAAAUUGUUGGUGCACAUAAAGAAGCUUUACCAAUAAUCGAUUCGAUAAACACAAAGUUUGAAUCCGAAAACACAAAAGUCAAUGAAAAAGAUAAGGUCGAGAUUAUACCGGACGACACAAAAGUGACAAACGGACAAAUCGUUCAGAAAGAAGAACGCGAAAAAGGAAGUGUCGGUUUUUCCAUCUACUGGAAAUACAUUACAAGUACAUAUGGUGGCACCCUUGUGCCUUGUGUAUUGCUUGCAGCGAUUUUUUUCGAGUUACUUCAAGUUGCGAGUAAUUACUGGUUGGCUUGGGCAUCACCCGUGUCACAAGACAUGGUGCCCCCCGUUGGGGGCACCACACUUAUAACUGUGUACGUUGGUUUGGCGGUUGGAAGCACAUUUUGCAUAUUUUUUCGAGCAGUGUGUCUUACAACGGCUGGUUAUAAGACGGCUAAUCUACUCUUUAAUAAAAUGCAUUUAUGCGUUUUUCGCGCUCCAAUGUCUUUCUUUGAUGCUACACCGAGCGGACGCAUUUUAAAUAGAGCGUCAACAGAUCAAAGUGCGGUUGAUCUGACAAUUCCGAACGCAGUUGGUGUUUUUGCGUUUGCGGUUGUACAGCUUCUAGCGGUUAUCGCUAUGAUGUCUCAGAUAUCUUGGCAGGUGUUCCUGGUUUUCGUUCCCGUUAUUGCUAUUUGCAUAUGGUUGCAGCAUUAUUAUAUAUCUUCAGCACGAGAGUUAGCACGACUAGUCGGCGUGUGCAAAGCCCCAAUAAUACAACAUUUUUCAGAAACUGUAUCGGGUUUAACCACCAUCAGAAGCUUUCAUCAAGAACAAAGAUUUCACCACACAAAUAUGAAAUUAACCGAUGGAUAUUCACGGCCAAAGUUUCACAGUGCCGGUGCUAUAGAGUGGUUAUCAUUCCGCGUGGAGCUUUUGUCAUCCGUUAUAUUCGCUUUUUUCUUAGUUUUCUUGCUCAUCGUCCCAAAGGAGACCAUCGAUCCAAGUAUCGCGGGGUUAGCAGUGACUUACGCGCUUAACUUAAACAUCCUACAAGCGUCUGUAAUAUGGAAACUAUGCAAUAUGGAGAAUAGCAUUAUUUCCGUCGAAAGAAUACUUCAAUACACAUCUAUACCCAGUGAGGCACCUCUUAUUGUAGAGACAUGCAGGCCCGACGAUAUGUGGCCAUCGGAUGGAAAAGUGGAUAUACACGAUCUUCAGGUACGGUAUGGCCCACACAUGCCACUUGUGUUGAGAGGAAUUACAUGCAGUUUUCAUGGCGGAACAAAGACGGGAAUUGUAGGAAGAACAGGAAGCGGUAAAUCAACACUCAUACAAACGCUCUUUAGAAUUGUUGAACCAACGGGGGGACAUAUUUUCAUCGAUAGGGUCGAUAUAUCCUCGAUCGGGCUUCAUGAUCUACGGUCAAGAUUGAGCAUAAUCCCUCAAGAUCCAACCUUGUUUCAAGGGAGUGUAAGAAGCAAUCUGGAUCCGCUUGAACAGUACACCGAUGAACAGAUUUGGGAGGCUCUAGAUCAGUGUCAGCUGGGAGAUGAAGUUAGAAGGAAGGAAGGAAAACUCGAUUCAGCAGUCAAUGAGAACGGAGAGAACUGGAGCAUGGGUCAACGACAACUGGUGUGUUUAGGCCGAGUACUACUUAAAAAAUGCAAGAUCUUAGUGCUUGAUGAGGCUACCGCAUCAGUGGACACAUCAACCGACCACACAAUACAACAAACACUUGGUCUGCAUUUUUCUGACUCGACUGUCGUCACAAUUGCACAUCGGAUCACAUCUGUGCUCAACGGUGACAUGGUUUUAGUCUUGGAACAAGGACUGGUUGAGGAAUACGGUUCGCCUUUAAAAUUGUUGGAAAAUAAAUCUACAUCCUUUGCAAAGCUCGUUGCUGAGUACCGUGGACGCUCUAGUUCCAGCUAUGAUUCUAGAGUAUGAGAUCGGCUUCUAGUCGUAAAAAAACAGUAAAUUGCAUUUUACGUCCUUUAAGUUUGAGCCAAAUUGCAGGCACUGUCCUUUGGCUAACGAAAUUACAUUGGAUGUCCUUUAUGUUACUGAUUCUCAUCAGGCGGUGUCAUUUUGCCCUAACACAAUUAAUUUUUUUUGGUGUUUAAGAGUUAACAGAAAAUAUUAACUGUGUUAGGGCAAAAGGACACCGCCUGAUUAGAAGUACCAACAUAAAUGACAUCCGGUGUAAUUUCGUCAAUUAAAGGACAUCGCCUGCAAUUUUGCUCAAGGUUAAUGAACGUAAAAUGCGAUUUCCUCUAAAAAUAUAAUGUAAGAAAGCAUCAAAGGUUUGGAGCAAUCAUACCUUGUUAAGGAUUGUGAAUCACUGGUUAAUGUGUAAUAAUAAUGACAUAAAUGAGAGAAAAACAUAACAUGGUUAACAAUAUAAUGUAAAUACUCGAACGAUGUUGUUAUCGUAAAGACUUAAAAUUUCAAAAUUCAAAAAUAUUCAUACCGUAUAACAUUGUUUGAACUUUAGAAGUAAUUACAUACGACAAAAAAUAAAAAUUACCCCAGAGCAGGAUUCCAAGUAAGCUCAUCGACAGUCAUCUGUCUAACCGAUUCAGCCAGCCGUAACUCCGCAGCGCGUGUCUGCACCAUCCGCUCCCGCACCCUCAGGAACACAGGAUGACUCAGCGCACCUGACAUUCGAUCACACAACAACGGGUCCUCGUAUAAACAAACAAGCGCUUGAGCAGCAUUAUCUUUAACUUCCUCCGACUCAUCUUCUAACAUGCUAAUCAAAACCGAAAUUCCUCCCAAAUCAGCGAUCACAACCCGUUCAGCGUCGUUGUAACUCAACUGACCGAUUGCCCCGCAAACUUUUUCCUUAACGUUACUAUCAUCACUCCUUCUCAAAAGCUCGACCAAAAGAGAUAUCACAC